AUGAAUCGAACAGGCUCUCUCGCCUUUCCUCCGCCCUCGUGUGAUGCUGAGCGUAAGAGGAUCCAGGAGCUAUCCAGGUAUUAUUGUACCUUAGAUCGUCCAGCUACAGAUUCUAUAUCGCCCGACGAUCCGGAAAAAGAGUCCCUGUCUGAGAAAGAUGCCUCGAAAGGAGAUGAACAGCCAACGGCCGCCAUUUUAUCGCCGGAUAUCACCUUGACGGCUUUGGCCCAACUCGGCGUACAUCGUUUGGGAUGCAAUCGCUCUUUCGUAUCCAUCAUUGAUGACGAUAAUCAGCAUAUAAUAGCCGAAGCGACUACUUCCAUCUCCAUCCGGAAUGUAGAUCAGCAUCUACCUGGCGAUGGAAUCUACUUGGGAGCUCGAACAUUGGAUUUAAUAUGGGGGGUCUGUCCGCACACCAUUGGCCUGUUCACUGGCCAGGAUCUCUCACGCGUUAUCGACACUGCCAACGUCACUGCGAAUCGGACUCGCUACAUCAUUCGCGAUUUCACAAAGGAAGACUGUUUCAAAGACCGACCGUAUGUUUGUGAAUGGCCUCAUAUGCGAUUCUAUGCGGAAGUUCCUUUAUACAGUCCCUCUGGAUACGUCCUCGGCUCCUUUUGUGUCGUGGAUGAUAAGCCGCGCGAAGCAUUUGGUGAUGCCGAUGUCAACGUCUUACAGGAGAUAUCGGAUGCCAUUGCCCUGCACCUCGAAAACACUCGGGUCGUCCACUAUCAUCGCCGUGCGGAACGAUUGGUCAAGGGCCUAACGACCUUCGUCAAAGAUCAUGCAGAUUUUGACCCUCGCGAGAUUUCUAGCAAUCAUCGUCUCGAAUCAAGUACCCGGGCUGCUAAUGUUGGUGAGCUUUCGAAUGUUGGAAUCGGUAAUGCUCCAUCCCCAGUUAUUUCAUCGCCCGAAACACAAAAUGCUAGCGGUCUUCUGCCACGAUCAUGCUCCACCAGCCCCUCGGAGGAGCCAUCGCCACUCUUCUUCUCUGGGCCACCCUCAGGGACCACCACGGAUCUUUCGUCGAUCAAUUCGAAUCUGUCAGAUCGCCAAGCUCCAACACCAGGAGAAGAGAAAUCGCUAGAUGAAGUACUACGAUCUGGAUUUGUCUCAAACAACCCAAUGCCUCAGAAUACAUCUAUGGUGUCCUUGACGGACAGUAUACCCUUAUCCGACCGUAUAGAAAGAAUAUUCUGUCGCGCCAGUGCUCUUUUGAAACAAUCCAUGGACCUAGAUGGUGUGGUUUUUCUGGACGCAAGCCGAACUAACCCUUCUUAUCUCCCUACCGGAGAAGAAGAUGGCUGGGAGCCAUUACCAAAGUCUGCUUCAUCUACGUUUCCAUCGGCGCCACUUCCAAGUCCUCUAGGGCCACUGAGCAACGCAACCCAUGAACCAAAUAUGCCAUGCGAGAUUUUAGGGUCCUCUUUGAAGAAAUCUCAAAUGGAGGACAUGGACCCGGGUCGAAAAUUAUCUAUAUCAGAACAACUACUCGAUACAUUGGUUACACAUUUUCCUCAAGGUCAAGUCUUUGAUCUUGCAGAUUUGAAUAGCAGCAGAGAAUAUUGGGCUCAAAAAGGUGUAGACUGCAACACUGAAUCUCGCGCCGAAAAUCUUGAGACAAUACCCCUGGACCUAUCCAGAAUGCUUCCAGGUGCUAAAUCAGUUCUUUUUUUUCCGCUCUGGAACUAUCAUCAGUCUCGAUGGAUGGCGGGAACUCUUGUUUGGACUCGAGACAACCACCGAUCUCUUGGACUCGAGGAGCUGCACUAUUUCAAAGUAUUUGGUGAUUCUAUCGUAUCGGAAAUUUCUCGUCUUCAUUGGAGUACUACUGAAAAGUCCAAGUUUGAUUUUGUUUCGUCUGUCAGCCAUGAACUGCGAUCACCACUGCAUGGAAUAUUAGCAAGCGCCGAGCUUCUGCAAGCUACAGCUCUAUUACCUUCACAGGAGGAUAUGGUUCAAAUGAUUGAAUCAUCCGGGCUUACUCUGCUUGACACAACUGAUCACCUUUUGGAUUUUUGUAAAAUCAACAACUUGACACAAACGAAGAAAGCCCGGAAGAAGCGCAACCAAGAAUUUUCGGGUUUGAUUUCCGAGUUUAGCCUUGAUCAGUUGAUCGAAGAAGUUUCAAAUAUUCUAUACACUGGUCAUAAAAUUCAGGAUCUCACAUCUGGCGAUACGAACAUCAUAUCAUCAUUAAAAGGCGCCGGUACAGAUAGCGACUCUAGCGAAAUGUCUGUGGUGGUACGCAUCGAACAAUCACACCACUGGAAUAUUCGAUCUCAGCCCGGCGCUUGGCGGAGAAUUGUCAUGAAUCUCCUCGGGAAUUCAAUCAAGUGGACCAAGAAAGGUUUUGUGGAGGUGUCCCUCUCGCGAACCAAAUGCCAACCUGAUUCACAAUCUUUCUUCGUCCAUCUUACUGUUACCGAUACGGGAAGUGGAAUCGCACCUGAUUUCCUCAGACACAAGUUGUUCUCCCCUUUUACCCAGGAGGAUUCACUGGCUGAGGGCGUUGGACUUGGUCUUAGUAUCGUGCGGCUCCUUGUAGCCUCACUGGGUGGACAUGUUAAUGUCAAGAGUGAGGUUGGCAUCGGAACUCAGGUUGAUGUUCACAUCCCCGUGCAAGGCGUGAAAAACACAGCGGAUACUAAUCUGCAGGAUCCUAAUUCGAAUUUGUUUCAAAGUGCUCUGUCUCAACCGCACCGCCACGCUUGUCUAGUUGCUUUCAAUGGGUAUCCCAACUUGGCAGAAACGCCGACGGGUCUGUUAACGGCCGAGGCGAAGCGGAAACUGUCGAUACAGAGCACGUUUGCUGAUAUACUCAUGUCUCGUUUUGGCUGGGGUGUCUCCCUUGUUGAAUCUCUUGACAAGGUGCAAGGCGAUGUUGCUGUAAUUGAAGAGGAGACCCUGUGGACCGCCAUCGAGAAUCGACACUCAUUGGAGGCACUCGCUGAAAAGUUUGGUGUCAAGUCUUUCAUCAUUCUCGGUAGUAAAAUAUCUAUCUUGCAGGAUGCUGUUGGAUCUAACUUUGUUCGCGUCUCUCAGCCAUUCGGGCCACGAAAGAUAGAACAAGCAGUACUAAUGGUGCAAAAGUUUCUCCAAUCUGAUGCACAGAAUCAAAUAAUACAUACCCCUAUGGACCUAGAAGCUCCUGAGCAGCCUCCAUCAUCCCCCGACUCGGCCGAAACGGUCAAAGAUGAAGCUGAAGACAGAGACACAACGCCAAAGGCAUCAAUAGAGGUGACUGUGGCUAAUUCAUUGACUCUUCCGAUCAUUUCUCCUGUCUCCUUAUCACUGGAAAUUCCAAAUUUGCAUGUUCUUGUUGUCGAUGAUAACAAUAUCAAUCUCAAAAUCAUGGCCACAUUCAUGCGUAAGAUCGGCUGUACCUACGACACGGCUUCAAAUGGUCUCAUCGCUCUGGAGAAGUACAUGGCGUCCGACAAGCGAUAUGACUUUGUUCUUAUGGAUAUUUCGAUGCCCGUCAUGGAUGGCCUAGUAUCGACAAGCAAAAUCCGACAAUACGAAAAGGACAAAGGCAUGACACCAUCUUGCAUCAUGGCUGUCACUGGUGUUGCCUCUGACUCCAUGCAUCAACAAGCUCUUGCAUCUGGAAUUAAUGACUAUUUAAUCAAACCAUUGUCGCUUAAAGAGCUGCGAAGACUUAUGGGGAUCUCAUGA